AUGCAUGCAAAAACUGACUCAGAGGGGACCAGCAUUGACGCCUCAUGGCUGCCGAGGUCUCCAAGGAGGCCCAUAUACUACGUCCAGAGCCCUUCCAACCACGACGUCGAGAAGAUGUCAUACGGCUCCAGCCCCGCCGGCUCCCCUGCCCAUCAUUACUACCACUGCUCGCCCAUCCACCACUCUCGUGAGUCCUCCACCUCGCGGUUCUCCGCCUCCUUGAAGAACCCCAGAAACCUCUCCCCUUGGAAACACGUGCAGCUUCAUCAAGACGACGACGACGACGAAACGGACGGUCGCUAUGGAGGGUCUACUGAUAAAGUCAGAUUGUACUUGUGUAUUGGUUUGUUCUUCGUUGNGAUUAGUGGUAUCUAA